AUGUCAGUCAAGGCUUCCAAAGCAUGGAAGCGGUAUAUGGAGGUAGACCUUGAUGACCUAGAGCUUCCCCCUAUCGAACAGAACGUCAACAUACAGGACCUAGUGUACUAUAACGAAGCUUACUGCCGAGCUGACGGCUGUCGCGUCCGGACCAAGUUCACCCUCUUCGCGAACCUAAAGACCCAUUAUAAGAACAAGCACCCUAAGGUCUUCAGCAAUUUCGCCUUCUCAUCGAUUGGCUGGUUCGAGGAAGUUAUAGCAGCAUACGACCGCCGUAUGGCUGCGCGCGCCCUAGCAGCUAUAAAACCACCCGUGCCGACCAAGACAGUUAAAGGAGUUGUAUUAACCCUUCGGGGAUUUGCCAGGGUCCUCCCGGAGGGUGAUCCUGCUUUCAACUGGCGCUCUCUGACGCUGAUUGAGGUCGACUCAAACGAUGUUCCUGGGAUCGUGGCAGCCGGCAAGCAAGCCAACAAUAACCUCCCACGUGCUUCUUGGGAUGACCAGCCAGGCCCCUCCCAUGGCCAGCCUCUGGCUCUUGCUCAGCCAGAACGGCAAAAGCGGGACGAGUUUACAAAGGAAAAGUGCCUAGUAACGCCAAAUGCGUCCUGA